GCUCUUUGGGCCCUGGACAGAGGCCUCCAAGGCUCCACUCUUGUGUGUGCUGGGGCUUUGAGUCCAGGCUUCAUCUUGGCCAGUGCCCAGCCUUUGCCCUACUCCUGACCACGCUGGCCCAUCACAGCCAGGCCUCAUCCAGCCAGUAGCUGGGGGCCCAGCUUGCAGUGGCCUGACCAUCAGCUGGCUGUGAUGGGCCUGAACCUGACCUGGAGUUCUGCCCCUGACUUCCCAGUGACUGUGGGCAGGCAGCUGCAUCUCAUUACCCCAUUUGCAGCCCGUAUGUGCUGUCAUGAAAAUGAAAUAAGACAGUGCCGGUGAGAAGCAGGUGGAAGGCAGGGUCACUGGCCACAGGCUGCUGUGAGCUCAGGCAGCACCUCAGAACUGCAUGGGCAUUGGCCUGUACCUCCCGCUCAUCUAAACUCAGGCUGUCCCCGCACCCCCACCUAGAAGCGUCUCUCUGUUCUGCUUGUCUGGAUAGAGUGCCAGUCACUAUUGGGUGGUCCUCCGGGCCUUCCUGAGUUGAUCCUUAGGGUUAUAGGACUGGUGGGACAGGGAUUGGCCUAGAUGCGACUGAGGACUUCCCAGCCUGGUCAGGGGCCUGGCCACUGUUCCUUCUCUUGACCCCUUGCCUCACUACCAACAGGGAUGGGCAGCUCCUGAGGGUGAGGGCCGCCUGCCUAGACUCUGGGUCUGGGAACAGCUGGUCAGCUGAAGGGAGCUCCUGCAGAGGUUUCUGAGGGCCGAGGCCCAGCGGCGCUGGUUGGGAUCCCAGAUCCGAGCCUAAGACCAGCUAUGUCUCCCAGCCCUCCAGCACGGAGCUCAGCCUACGUUCCCUCUCUCUGCAGGUCCCCUGAAGACCUUGCCAAAGUGUUACAUCACCCUGGAGAAACUCAAGAAUGACAUGGCAGUGCAGCACCUGUGCCAGCAGCUCCUGGAUGCCAUCCUGGCCAACAUCCGCUCAGCUGUCUUCAGCCAUUCCCUGCGCAUUCACGUCAGCCCUGACUGUCAUCCACGGCCCACUCAUCACGUACAUCCAGCUGGGCUGGGCUCUGUGGAGGGCGGCCGGCCAGCCCUGGGCCGUAUGUGCCCAGUGUGGUCACCACGCUGCCUUCUCACGGCCCCGGUGGUAUGCACCCAGAAGCACAGGCUUGAGGACGACCAGCAGCAGAGCACCCCCAGCGUGCUCCAAGGCGAGGUGGCCAGGCUGGACCCCAAGUGCAUGAUAAACCUGGACCCUUCUCACUGCAGCAACAGUGGCACCGUCCGCUUGAUCUGCACGUUGGGCGAGUGUCCAGGAGCGUCAGGCUGGCGCUGGUUAGCAAACCUUCACCGCAGCCCCAGGCCUCUGCCAUUUGAGCCGGAGGGCACAGUGCCCAGGCCCCACCCUGUGUUCACGCUCCGGCAGGCUGUCUGCCCUGUCUUCACAUACAGCGAGCCCAGGACAGACUGGCCAUGUCUCUGCCCCCACCGCCAGAGCCCACGCACCCUCACCUCCGCAACACAGAUGUGGCUCUGCUUGCCUGUGGCCCUAGGGAGGUGGUGGGCAGGACCUGUGGGUACCCAUCAAUGCAGGGCACUCGGGCUUCAGGUUUGGAAAUCUGAGAGUCAGAGAGACCUCCAGGCUUUGCCACAAGCCUCACCAGAACCUCCCCGGGUGUGAAGAGUCCUGUUCGGGAGUGGAGUUGUAAGGCAGGGCAGGCCGGGGCUUGUCCAGUCACAGGUACAGCCUUGUGUGCUGCAGACGACAAGGACCUCCCAAGUGUGCCACCACGUGCCCACCAACUGCCGUGCCCAGAGUCCGCUAUGGAUGGACCGACAGUGGCUGUACAGUGGGCAGACCCAGAGGAGCUGUCUGGGGGCUCAGGGCAGGCAGGGGUCGUGCGGGAAGACCAGGCUUCCAGUGCGUCAGGGCCAGCCUCUGUGCACUCCAGCCUCUCCCAGCUCAGGCCCCUCCAUCCCCUUUCUGGCUGCCCCGGUGCUGACAGGAGCGGGUUGUCCAGUGGUCACCUGAGGAAGAGGGUCUCUGCUGUCUCCUGUGUCCUUUUGCCCCUUCAUCUUGUGUCAGGUCAGCUGUCCAGGGUGGCUGUGUUCAGUGGCUGAGGGGUGAGAAAGCUGCGGCUCAAGGACAGACCCUGCUCUUCCCAGAGCCCACUAGGGAGCUCAGCGCGGCUGACGUGUCCUACCAGUAGC